CUUCUCGAGCUGCAGCGUGAAGGGGUCACUCCCUAUUGGUCCGCAGACAGAAUCCAGAGGAAGGCCCACCUAGCGAUCAGUCAGUGAUAGCAGCUCGUGUUUAAGCGAUAUUUGAAUCAACUGGCAAUAGCGCUAUACGGAAAGUAAUAUUUGGGGAAAAAAAGAUCUCCAGGAUCUGGGUUGAGAUGGAUGUGUUCAUGAAGGGUUUGUCUAAAGCCAAAGACGGCAUGGCUAUGGCCGCGGAGAAGACCAAGGAAGGAGCCGCUCUGGCAGCCGAAAAGACUAAAGAAGGCGCCAUGUUUAUCGGUACCAAGGCCAAAGAUGGUGUUGGGUCAGCUAAGGACCUUGCAGGUGGAGCCAUGGGGAACAUUGCGGCAGCCACAGGCCUCGGAAAAAAGGAGGAGUUCCCGUCUGACAUCAAUCCGGAGGAGUAUGGACAGGAAGCCAUGGAAGGAGCGGCCCAGGGAGAACAGCUGGAGGGAGAAACAUACGACGAGAACCAGCAGGAACAGAGCCAGGACUACGAACCAGAAGCAUAAAACCAUCCUUCCAAAUCUCCAUCCAACCAGCAGCACAAUAAUCACGUUUACUACAAUAAAAAGGACAAAUGCUGAAACUAAUAAUAAAAAAAUAAAAAUCCCGUUGCAAAAAAAAAAAAG